GGCCUAAGUAACUCCAUCCAUCGCUCUCUCUGGUCCCCCUCCCCACCGGUAUAAGAAUCCUGGAGAGUCCCACAAACCGAAGACCCUGUAUUAACCUUCUCUCAUUCUUCAUAGCGAUCCUUCAUUUCUCUCCCUAUAUCCAAUCUCUCCACCACCACCACUGCCUCCUCUUCAGAUCUCUUGUAUAGAGAUUUGUGGUUGUAGUAUUGAUUCAAGCGGUAGUAGUAGCAGAAGCAGUGAGUAGUGGUCGAGCUAAUUUACAAGCUUCGCUACCAGACCGACAUGCCAUCUCGCUUCCUCCUUUUGGAACGACUAUUCGUCAUCCGCUGCCCCUCGCAAGCAGUACUACUCGAAGCCUCCUCCUCCCGUGUCCUCCUCCCGGAGCGCCGGGCUAUCUGGCUCAACCUUCUCACCGGCCUCAUCUUCCUCUUCUUCCGCCUUGUCUGUCUCCUCUUCCCCAAUCGUUAAGCACUCCUUCACCAUGGGCCUCAGCUCCAAUCAGGCUUCCGCCACCGGCCUCGACUGGUCCCAGGAUAUAUUGAGGAAUGGAGGGUUGGAGAUGCCCAAGCUGGCGAACCACGCGAGGAACCAGCAGCAGCAGCAGCAGAGGCAGCACUGGCCGCCGCUGGUGUGCCCGAGGUGCGAGUCCAGCAACACCAAGUUCUGCUACUACAACAACUACAGCAAGUCGCAGCCACGGCACUUCUGCAAGACCUGCCGCCGGCACUGGACCGAAGGCGGCACCCUCCGCAACGUCCCCGUCGGCGGCGGCCGCAAGAACAAGCGCCAGAAGAACACUCCAACCACUUCCACCUCCGGUGAGGGUUCUGCUGCUGAUAAUAAUGAUACAAAACCCGGCAUCACAAAUAGCGGUUCGGUGAUGCCUCCUCAGCCUCAGCGCCACCAGAAGCAGUCCUUAUUACCGUUCGCCCGCGAUCACUGCAGCAGCAUCUUUCCUGAAGUCCUCCGCCAGGUGCUGCUUCGCCCGCCGUCGAUGCCGCUGCAGGCCGAAUACAGCGUCGCCGGCAGCUUCAUGGGCUCGCCGCAGGCAACCGAUACCCCGUUACCUCCACCUUCUCAGUUCACCACCACAAUGCCUCUCACCAUCAAUUCAUACAGCAGCAUCGUCCAUCCUUUCUCCACCACCUCCUCCUCCUCCUCCUACUUCCCAUAUCUCUCAAUUUCUGAGGGUCCAAGCACCAACAUCAACAUUUCCAUGGGGAGUUCAUGGCCGGUGGCGCCGCCUCCGCCGCCCGUUUCGGAUCCUUCUUCAGCGUAUUGGAGUGGUUGGGAGGAUGACAUAUCCGGCUACGCUACUACAGAACUCAAACUUCCCCACGGUGACAAAACCGAGCAGCCAUGAAGGAAGAGAGGAAUGUUUGUCUCGUUGCUGCUUUGAUGCUUAUAGUUUAGGACAGUGUGUGUGCUAGAAUACUAUAGUGAUGUGCGGUGCUAUGUCAAGGAUCUUGUCGGGAUGUGAGACCAUCCUUAGGAGUGCGGUUUCAGGUUGUAAGGUGAAGUGUCUGUCCGCUUUUAUCUUCUCAUGUUGCAACUUUCAUGUAUUGUAGGCCAUGGCUUCUGUGGAUAGGCAAUAAUAAACAGUUAGUGUGAUACAGUUGUAAGAGGCAAA